AUGAUCUACGGGUCUCAGGGGGUGGCUGCUAUAGCCGCUCCUCCAGAUGGCACCACCUCGCUUGUGACAGUAUACAAGGAGGGCUCAUCGAAUGCAGACACGGCCACUCCGGUGGAGGCCCUGGAGGGCGCGGUGAGCAACGCCGUGGACUCACAGCUGCCGCCGGCGACGCUCAAAGCCGUUUUAGAAGCCGCCGUGGACCCGAAGCGAAGGCCGGAGUCGGCUGCGGCGCGCGCUGCCGUCGGCGCGGCCGUCGACGCUGGGCUGCCGCCGCCGGCCGUCAAGGCGGUGGCGAAUGCCGGGAUCGCGCUCGCGCACCAGGAUGUCGGCCGCGUGCUCGUCAAGGGCGCCGCCGACAGCGCAGCGCCCGUGAUUCGUGGUGCGCUGAAUGGGUCUCUGGCAUCGGGCGCAGACCCUAGAACGGCCGGGCAGCUGCAGGUGCAGGUGGGCAGCCGCGGGCAGCUCACCACAACCACAAAGCUGGAGCCCAGCCUGACAGUGCAGACAGACGAUGCUGCGCAGCCCACAGACCUCUCCUUGGAGCUGGCCCCCAUCAGCACAGAGGUGUCACUGGCACAAACCCCCACCACCCAAGCAUCUGCUUCCUCAGGAGCACGCACCGCAGACCAGGCGGCUCUUGCCAAGCCAGACGCUGCUCUUGAAAACAUAACUGCGCGAGCGCUGCUGACACCGGCCGCGGCCGUCUUGGCACCGGCGGCGGCUCCGACAAUGAUGACGCCGGCGCCGGCGCCUGCCAUUGCCUCGGCCCUGCCUGCGGCGGCCAUCAUUGCUGGAUACCCUAGCACCACUCAGAACAUCGCAAGCGCCUUGGCUGCAAACCAGUGGCUUCUGGAUGACAACGAGCGCCGCAUCGGGUCAGCACUGAACAAGCUCGGGGCCCAGCCGCUGUCUGCGCGGGACAGCACGACCCCAGACUUUACCGCCUCACAGCCGCUGGCAGCAUCGGUGCAGACUGAUCAGCCCAUUUCCGCGCCUGUGCCGGCCCCGGCACCUGCCCUGUCCCCUGUGGCAUCCCCCGCCAUGGCGCCUGCUCCCAGCGCAGCGCUGCAAAAUUCCCGGGUCGCGCCGGUUGCUGCGCCGCUGGCCGCAGUGGCAACGGCGCCACAGGUUGCUCGGGGAGCGGCCGUCCCAGCCAAGCGCUUCGGCGACUACGUGCCGGCGACCGUCCGGACAGACCCGGUCGCCCUGGCGCGCAUCUUCGCGGCGGCCAACACCGGCAGCUUGGCCGCCGCGCCCACCCCCUCUGCGGUCGUGACCGGCAGUCAGCUGGCCGCUGCAAUACAGCAGAUUGCGGCAAAUGUACCCUCAUCGGCGGCGGACGGCCAGCCGGCUCAGGUGUUCAAGGUGGACACGGGCACCGCCGACGCGCUGGCCUCGGCCUGGGCGCCGGAGCCGGCCGCCGCGCCCGCACCGCAAGCCGAGCCGCGCAGCAGCGCCGCUCUUGCGGCGCAGCAGCCGGCGCAGGCGCCGCCGGCAGAGCCGCUCACGAGCGCGCUGUCCAGCGUCACGGCGCGCCUGAAGGCGACCGAGAGCCGCCUCUCCUCAGCCGUCAGCCUGCUCGCCGCGGCCGGCCGCGUGCGCGCGGCCCCGAAGGGGCCGCCGCCGGCCGCCGUGUCGCUGCUCGCACAACCUGACAAUGCCGGCUCGCCGGCGGCUGCGCCGGCCGCCGCCUGGGCCCCCAGCAUCGGCGUCGCCGCCGCCCAGCCAGCCGCCGCCCACGCGCCCACCUUGGGGGCGGCGAUGGCCGCGCUGCCGGCCUCAGCUGCGUUUGCGGAGGCUCCGGCGCGGGUGCAAGAGCUGCGCAACCUGCAGCCGAUGGACGAGGCGACGGUGGCGAAGCGGCUGCGAUUGGCCCUCACAACUUACCUUUCAUCGACUUCUGCCUUUGGGGCCCUGACGCCAGCAGCAGCCCAGGACGCCACCACCUUGCAGUCCCGUGAUGGGCCUUUCUCACUGGAAGAUGUCUUUGCUGCAGCAAUCGCAUGGCAGAUCGCCAACGGGACGAGUCCUGUGGCGCUGGCCUCUGUGGACACCAUUCAGCCCUGGGCCAGGAGCUUCUUCCAGCAGCAGCUGUCCAGGCAGCCGGGCACCAACUCCCUUUCCUUUGACGAGGCUGCUGCGCUAGCAAGGGCGUCAGCCAGGCUUCUGGCCAGUGAGAGCCUCGCAGCGCUGGCACCGGCCGCGGCGCCGGCGCGGGCGCCGGGGGGCGCCUCUGCGGACAGGGCCUUCCUGCAGACCGGAGGGCCCCCGGCCUCGGUGGCCACCGCGGCACAGCUCUCCAGCCGCGUUGCGGCCGCCGCCGCCGAGCCGCUGACGUCCCGGGUGGCGGCGCUGCGCCCCGGGGUGCUCAACCUGACAUCCGUCCACAGUGAGCUGCCGGGGGAAGCGGUUGCGGCAACCGGCGAUGCCGCGGGCAAGGCCCUCAACAUCACCCGGGACAUCAAGCAGGACGCCCUGGGGCAGCUUGCGCUUGUCUUUGGCCCAGGGCAGGGCGGCAGCAUCGCCGGUGAUGCGCAGCCGCUCGCCGCCGGGGCAGCCGUCCCGGCCGCUGCGCCUGUAUUGGCUCCGGCCAAGGCGCCUCUUCUGGCUCCGGCGGCCGCGCCAAACAUGGCCCCGGCCUAUGCGCCUGUUCUGGUGCCUGCCCUUUCACUGUCGACCGUCAGCGCCAGCGUGUUCAGCGGCGGCGCCGACCGCGCCUACUGGCUGCAGAGGCUCACAGAAGCCAGGGCUGCGCAGGCCCGGCCCGCAUCGGCAGGCAGCACCGUCAGCCUGCAGGCGACAAAGGCUAAUGCACCAAGCCCCCAUCCCGCAGCUACCACCAGCCUGCAGGCAGCGGCAAAUGCCGAGGCGCUGAGCCCUCAGUCUGCAGCCACCGCAAAUGCGACGGCCAGCCUCGAGCAGCAGAGCAAAGAAGCCGCGGUGGUGGAUGCCAAGAUUGCCUCCAACUGGCAGGCCAUCAUGAGUAACUGGGGGCUGCUCGGCCGUGCCGGGCUCGCCACUCCGGAAAGCCCGCCGCGCCGGCUGCUGGGCGACCUCGUCCCGCUGACGUCAGCGUCAGUGCUGACACACCGGCCGCUGACCGGGCUCCUCGCCAGGGUCCGCGGCACCUUCAGCGGCCUCUUCAGGCGCGCACACCGGCCGGCAGCGGCGGCAGGCGCCGAUGGCGCGGCGGCGGCUGCAGCCGACCGGCCGGCCCGGCGCGGCCUGGCAGCGUCGGCCGCGCUCGGUGCGUUCCCUCCCGGAGUCGCACCCGCGGCGGCUGCGGCCGUGGCGCCCGCGUCGGCCGAAGCGGUGGCGACGGCUCUGCGCGGUGCGCUGUCGAAGGCCCUGCGCGCUGACGCGGGUAUGCUGCAGUCGCUGGCGUUGGACCCGGAGCAGUUGCAGCUGCUGCAGAGCGUGGUGCUGGAGCAGCCGUACCAGGAGGGCGCCGCGGCGGCCGAGGCGUCGCAGCUCGUCAGGGCAUUCUCCGUCGACCAACCGAGCGGCGGGUUCAGCCUGCAGCAGGUGGACCAGCUUGCGGACAUCUUUGCAAAGAGCCUUUCCGCCGCCGUGUCGAGGGCAGGGCCGUUGAGUACAACAGCCCCAGCCACUUUUGAAGCCGCCCUCACACAGUCUGUCGCAGCGGCCCUGCCGGCAGCAGCCGAAGUGGGGCUAGCCCCGGCUGCAGUGCCUGCUCUGGCCCCCACCGCUCUUGCGCCGGAUCUCGUGCCAGCAAAGGCCGCUGCCGCAGCCAUCGCACCGGCCCCGGCCGCUGCGCCGGCGGCAAAGUCGCCAGCCGCCGCGCCUGCAGCGUCUCUAGCAGCAUUUCUUGCAUCAGCCCCGGCACUAGCACCCGCUCUUGCGCCCUCCAAGGCCGCUGCUGCAGCCGUGGUCCCGGCCCCGGCAGCCGCGCCUCCGGCAAACUCACUCGCAGUUGCGGCCGCUUAUUCGGCCGCAGCCGCUGUUGCGUCAACCCCGGCAACAGCGCCUGCUCUGACGCCCUCAAAGUCCGCCGCUGCAGCGCUGGCACCGGCCCCGGCCGCACUGGCCCUCGCGCCUGCAAAGCUGGCCGCAGCCGCCAAGUUGCCGGCGCCCGUCUCAGUGCCCGCUCUUGCCCCAAAAGCAGCUGCAUCGCUGGCAGUAGCCCUGAAGGCAGCUCCGCAACAGGCGCCCGCACUGGCCCCAAAAGCAGCCGCACCCUUAGUUGCAGCAGUAAAGGCAGCUCCACAGUCAGCACCCGCUCUGGCGCCUAGCGCCGCCGCACUCGCUUCGGCAAUCACCAUCACAAGGAGCCUGCCGAUGGCGGCGGCAGUGAAGACCGCUCCAGUGGCUGCGCCGGCCCACGCGCCUGUCGCGGCGCCCAGCCUAUCAAAGCCCCAGCCGCCUCAGCCACUCGCAGCAGCGCCAAGACUCGCCCCCAAUUUGGCACCCAGGGUCAGCGUGCCUGUACUGGCGCCCACAGCACCGGCGCCUUUUCUGGCACUGAAGGCAGCAGCGCCAGUGUUGGCGCCAGCGGCUCAAACGCCUAUGUUAGCGCCCAAGGCAGCGGCGCCAAUUCUGGCGCCCAAAGCAGAGGCGCCUGUUCUGGCGCCCAGGGUGGCGGCUGUCGGGGGAGCGAGGCAGGAGGCUGCGGCUCUGAAGCUGGAAGCUGCUCCGGCUGUCGGCUCGCUGCCGCACGCCGUUGCAGGCACGGCAAUCACGGAGGCCCCAGCCUCCGCGGGCCAGGGAGUUGCGCCGAGGGCCGCGGCUGAGGUGGCGCCAGCGGGUACAAGAGGCAGUAUCGCCUCUGCUGACGUGGUCGGCCCUGCCAAGCGCGUGCCGGCUCCGGCCGCCGUUCUAGCUCCUUCAGCCUCGUACGCAGCAAAGGCAGCUACAGCCGCGCGCGCAAGGGUUGAGUCAGCAGAGGGACCCCCAGUCUCACCACCAUCGUCACCACCCCCACCACCGCCGCCCCCUCCUCCGCCACCACCGCCACCGCCACCGCCGCCCCCGCCACCGCCAACCCUCUGA